AUGUUUGACGAAUAUGUCGACUCACUGAUCUUUGAACAGUCUUCGUCGAGCAGAAGCAGCAGCUCGCCGGAGUCAACUCUGCUGUCCACUCCUUUCACUUCCCCGCCUGCGUCACCCGAACCUUCACCCGAGUCCUUAACAAAGGGUGGCUUACAACUCCUUUCAGCAACAUUCUUACCAGCAUCUCUCCACGACGGCUCUGCAAGAGAUGGGCCCCCCUUACCUGAAGCCCUCCCCCAAUUGCCACUUAAUAUGACGCCGGAGGAGGUUGCCGAGCUGGAUCGCGAGACUCCUGACAAUUGGGUAAAAAGAAAUCCAGACCUCGUCCGUUUGACUGGAAAACACCCUUUCAACUGCGAAGCACGGCUCUCGUCGCUCUUCGAUGCGGGAUUCUUGACACCAGCCCAUUUGCACUACGUUCGGAAUCAUGGAGCAGUGCCUCGGGUCAGCGAGACAAUGGCCGUCGAAUGGACCAUACGCAUCCAUGGCCUUGUACAGCGCGAAGCAACGUUUACCUUGCAACAACUAAGCGAAUUGUUCCCCGUUGUGACACUACCAGUGACGUUUGUGUGUGCCGGGAACAGAAGGAAGGAGCAAAACGUCGUUAGGAAAACCCUUGGAUUCAGCUGGGGAGCUGCAGGAUCUGUGCAUCAAACUAACAUUUCCGCUUCAGUAUCCACCGCGCUAUGGACAGGCGUCUAUUUAGCAGAUGUGACGAAGCUCUCCAACUGUGCUGUCUACUCAAAGCUGAAGUGUACUUUAGCAUGGGCCAUGAACGGCCUACCUCUCGAGCCAGACCAUGGCUUUCCAUUAAGGGUUGUCAUCCCCGGACAGAUCGGAGGCCGAUCCGUGAAGUGGCUAAAGCGAAUCGAGAUCAGUGAUCAUGAGAGCCAACAUCAUGAUAACAAAUUGCUCCCAAGCCAACUCAUGCCUGAUCAAGCACGUGCUGAGAAGCACUGGUGGUAUGAUCCCAGAGAUCUAAACGUGAACAGCGCAAUUGCUAAACCCGACCACAACGAGACAUUGGUUGUGGCCAAGCACUUACUAUCGGACGCUGUCGCCCCUUCGUACUCCAUUCGCGGGUACGCUUACGCUGGCGGCGGACGACGUGUGACUCGGGUAGAGGUAUCACUAGACGAAGGGACAACGUGGGCCUUAGCGGAUGUAUUUGCCACGAAGGACUCGACAUACGGAAUUCUCGACCUCUCUGAGAGAGAUACGUCAUUCUGCUGGUGUUUCUGGUCCUUCGACGUGAAGUACGAUGCUCUGACAAAGUGUAAUGCACUGGCUGUUAGGGCAUCGGACGAGAGCAGCAUACUUCAGCCACGAGAUAUGUAUUGGCACUCGUUAGGCAUGAUGAACAACUGGUGGUUCAGGGUAGCCGUGAACAAGACCGAGAACGAGAACGACAUUGUUCUGCAUUUCGAGCAUCCGACCCUCGCUGGGACAGCAAGUGGAGGCUGGAUGGAACGAUUGAAAACGUCAGGUCAGGACAUCACGAAACCAGGGUCACUCGGAAAAUUACCUAUUGAAGAGUUGAAGAACCAUGAUCGGGCACAGCCCUGGUUUGUCGUCAACGGAGAGGUUUACGAUGGAACGCCUUUUUUGAACGAACAUCCCGGCGGCAGCGAUUCGAUCACCCUUGUCGCAGGCGAGGAUGCUUCCGAGGACUUCUUCGCGAUCCAUUCAGCGGAAGGGAAAGCAAAACUGGCGCAAUUCCACAUCGGGACUUUAGUAAAGUCAGGAACAGGAAACGCGGAUCCUGAUGACAAAACAGCAGAUGGCGAAUUUCUGGAGCGAGCGAAGUGGAAAGAUGUCAAGCUGACAAGAAAAGUUCAAGUAAACCACGACACCUUCCUCUAUCGAUUCGAAUUACCACGGCCAGAUCAACCACUUGGACUUCCUGUGGGGCAGCACGUAUUCGUUCGUCUCAAGAGAAAAGACACCGGCGAGCUUGUCCAAAGGGCGUACACUCCUGUGACACCAGAGGGAGCUGUCGGGUUCAUCGAGUUAUUAGUCAAGUUGUACCUACCGUCCGCAGAGUUUCCGGCAGGCGGCAAGAUGACGACAGGAUUCCAUCAGCUUGAAGUAGCUGACACUGUGCAACUGAAGGGCCCGCUGGGAUCCUUCAUAUGGAAGGGGCUGGGCGUGGCAAAUUGGAGAGGCUCCGAGAGGAAAGUAAAGGAGGUUGGAAUGAUAUGCGGUGGAAGCGGUAUUACGCCAAUCCUCCAGGUCCUGCGCAGCAUCUUCCUUGACACCAGCGAUACAGAGACGAGAGUAUGGGUGAUAAGUGCGAAUAGGACCGAGGAGGACAUUCUCUGUCGUGCUGAACUUGACCUAUUGUUUGCACAACACGGCCCACAUCGCCUCAAGCUGCAUUACGUCCUCAGUAAGGCACCAGCCACAUGGGAAGGGAGUACUGGCAGAAUCAACGAAGAGCUGCUGAAAGCUCACAUACCGGGUCCGUCCGAACACGGUAUAGUCCUAGUGUGCGGACCAGAUCCAAUGAUCAACCAAGCUGUGAAGCCAGGACUCAAGGCCGCUGGGUGGAAUAUCGAGAACCACCUCGUAGUAUUCUGA